UCCUGCCUCUGCGCUCAGAGAUCACUUGCUGCUGGGCGACUUGGGUAACAUGCGUGAGGGCAAUGGGCCAUGGGACUUCUUAUAAUAUGAACUGGGCUGGACUUCUGCAGAAUUUGCUGGUCAUGCUUCAUAUCAGACAGAUCAUUUGUGGCUCCAUUCAGUUUUCUGUCAAGGAGGAACUGAAGCCUGGUACUCUGGUUGGAUCACUAAGUAAACACUUCCCAGCUCCCUACCAUCUCCUGACCAAGGAGUUCCUGCUGGUGGACGAAAACACUGGGGAUUUAUACAUUAAAGAGCUAAAGAUGGAUCGUGAGCACAUCUGCCCUGAGGAGAAAAAAGAUGACGACUGCAUCAUUUUGCACAAUGCCAUUGUGGGGCCCUCUGUGGACCUUGUACUGUUUUCUGUUAUCGUAGAGGACAUCAAUGACAAUGCACCACAUUUUGAAAAUAGCAAAAUACAACUAAAUGUUAAUGAGGAUGUACCUAUAGGAACCAGUCUCAUGCUGGACGACCAAGCUCGGGACAGAGACAGUGGACCAAACGGACAACUGGUGUACAAACUCAAAGGUUCUGGUGGAGUUUUUUCUUUAAAGGUUGAAGAAGAGGAACAAUCCAUCAUUAUGAUUGUAGAAAAGGCUUUGGAUAGAGAGACUUUGGAUGUGUAUCACAUGCAGCUGGAGGCUACUGACUGUGGAGAACAGCCUCUCAGUGCAUCAUUAUCUAUAGUUGUUACGGUGUUAGACGUUAAUGACAACUGUCCAAGCUUUAGUCCUGACAGCCCAGACAGCGCCACAAUCUCAGGAGACUCCAAGAAGGACACAGUGGUCACUCAGGUAGUGGCUACAGACCCUGAUGUGGGCCAAAAUGCAGCCAUUAUUUAUUCUUUCAGUCCUAAGGUCUCUGAAAGAGCUAUGAAACUUUUUAUCAUCGACAAUCAUUCUGGUCACAUCAGGCUAAUACAAGACCUGGAAAGAGAUGACUCUGAAGAGCUGGUGUUAAAAGUGUUAGCCAGCGGUCUUCACUGCCCACCAGCAGAGACUCAGGUAACCGUAUCCCUCCUCCCCACGGCGACCCAAGGUCUAACAAUCAAGAUCGGGUUCAUAGCUGAGCAUCACAACCAGGCUGUUGUGUUACCAGAGAACCACCCUCCCACUGCCUUAGCCGUUUUAGAGCUUGAGGGUGACAGCAGCUUUACAGACUCAUCUCUUGCUAUUGAGGGUGACGUGCCUUUCUUUCUGAGCCCACAAAGUGGCAAAUAUCUGCUUUCCACAUCAAAGCCCCUAGACUAUGAGAUGAAAAGUGAAUAUCAAAUUUCUGUGGUAGUGCAAAGGACUUCAUCUGAAAGACUUGUGAUCGCUCCACCACGGCAAGAGAUCAGGGUGAUGGUGGAAGAUGUCAAUGAUAACGCGCCACUUUUCUCCCAGUCUCUCUACCAGCUAGAAGUAGAGGAAAACAAUGAGCCGGGGGUAACGCUACUGCAGGUAUCUGCGUCUGAUGUAGACAGCGGACUCAACGGCAGGGUGACAUACAGGCUAGACAAAGGCAUCUCAGGCAUCUUUGAAGUUGACUCAGUGUCAGGCUUAGUGUCUGCAUCGGUUCCCCUGGAUAGGGAGUUGAACAACGUUUACAAACUACUUGUGUCUGCUCAAGAUAGUGGAUCUCCUCCCCUGGAGUCUCAGGCCUCUAUAAUUAUUAAUAUUCUAGAUCAAAAUGACAAUGCACCUAUUUUCUAUACCUCCCAUUUCAUCUUUUUCAUCCCUGAGAAUGCCCUGCCAUUCGCUCAGGUCGGGAACAUAGAGGUUAAAGAUCCAGAUGAAGGAGAGAAUGGAAAUAUAGAAUUGAAAAUUGUAAAGGAAAACGCACCUUUUGCUGUGGAUAGCAUCAAAAGGACUCUGCAGACCACCUCCUACUUAGACCGUGAGAUGACAGACCACUAUGUAUUUUACCUAGAGGUCAGCGACAAUGGGUAUCCAAUAGCUUUGACCUCUACUGCCUUGGUGACCGUCUUUAUAGAAGACGUUAAUGACAAUGCGCCUAAAGUGAUCCUGCCUGUCAGCAAUUUUUCAUGCCUUGCUGUCUCACCAGGUACUGCGGCGGGUACCACCAUCGCAAAAAUAUAUGCCAUUGAUGAGGAUUUAGGCUCGAAUUCAGAUAUUACAUAUUCUGUUGUUGCACCAGAGUCAGUUCAGAACAACAGCCCCUUCCAGGUUGACUCAAAAUCAGGGAACAUCACCUUAAGUCAGGCACUUUUAAAGGAAGAUAUAGGAAUGCAUCACCUGUUCAUUGUAAUAAGAGAUAAUGGGAAACCAACUCCUCUUUACACCACUGUCUGGUUUAACUUGUUGGUUAAUGAGAGCACAGACCAGUGUCAUUUAGACAGGGCACCUACAUGGACUGGGAGAUCUGAUUUGCUUUCAAGUGCCUCUAAGUCGCCAAUCUGUGUGGACGAACCUGACAGAUCUAUGAAAACGAUAUGCUUUUAUCUCCUUUCCAGUUUGACGAUAGUAACCAUGGUUUUGUUUAUGACAACAGUUUGUAUGUAUCUGAAACACAGAAAAUGUCCACGGAAAAAAAAAAACGGACAAGCAGAAGAAAAUGAGAUUCCACUCAGACUCAAAGAAAAAUAUUACUCUGAUGAAUAACAGCUCAGAGCAAGCAGUGAGAAAACUCGCUCACAGUUUCAAGGAUGAAAACAGUCAGAGAAUUAAACAAUUUGAGAGCGUUUGUCAUGGGCUUUGUGCGGCUCAGAAAAAAAGCCCUACAUGCUUCUGCAAUUACUCUGUAUUCAGAAGAAGAGAAAAAUCUAACAGGUUUUUGAUAAGGACCCCACAAAAUGUGUCCAGAGAAAGAACUGAUAAGAGAAGCAUUUCUCCUCACAAACUCUAACAUCAUUGACAUAACUAGUCACGGAUGAUGUACACAGUAAAGCCAGUGAGUGAUAGCACACAUCACAGCAAGUAAGAGGUAAUGUUGCUUUAUCAGGCCUAAGAGGCCCCAAGAGAGCAUGGAACUUAAGGUAGCUGUGCAACUAGAUUUUUUUGGGGCCUGUCUCAGAUUGUUGACUUUGACUGAUGGGGAUCCUACAGUAUUUAGACAUACAAAAGGGUUUAAUGUUCCUUCUGAGGGGAAGUGAUGAAAGCGUCUAAAGGAGUAACCCCAGGACAAGCUGCGUGACUUAAGAGCAGCCACGAACAGCCGAGUGACACAAACAUCUCAAGUCUCCGCCUUGCAGCCGUUACCUGAUAACUCCAGUAUUCACCCACAUGGCUGGAUCGCACCCAAAGGGAAGGAAAAAGAAAUAAAAAAACACUGUUCUAUGUGUUUCCCACUAGGUUUCUGUUUUAAUACCUGAAGCUCAGAGUGAAGUCACAAUCUACUUAAAGAUGUAUUUACAAAUAGCAGCUGGCAUAGUGUUUAAAUAGAUUUGGAAAUACAAAUUAGAUCUCAAGCAGGUUAAAUUCUGCAUUAAAUAUGAAUGAGCUAAGGUACAAUGUGUUUACAAAUUUGAGAGCAAACAAUUGCAACAGAGAGGGAGGGGGAACUGUUUUAACACAGUUCAGGGUAGGCCUAUGUGAUGAGGAAAGAAAGCAAGGAGAUGGAGCCUGUAAUACACAAUGUACAACAACCUGGUUAGAGGAGAACAAGGCUUGUAUAACAUGAGCUGUGUCUCUGAGGAUGUCUGAGCUCGCUGCUUCAAAAAAUAAAUAAUCUAAUAAGGCCUGCACUGUGAGGAUAACUACGUUAACUGGGAUCAAAUAAGGCGCUCCAAAACCAAAUUAGGAAUUAAAUUAAACUGGCCUCUUUACAAAGGAAAUUAAAAACUCCAUUGGAUUACAAGAUAAAGUCAUUUGUUGUAUUUAUGAUAAAGAUAUGUACAUUCUUCUCACAAAUUGUUCUUUGAAGCAAUUCGUUUUAGAUGAUUUAUAAAAACCUGUUUACUUCAAAAUAUAUAUAUAUGUAUCUUGCUGUACGAAGUUAAAAAGCAAUUUAAAAAAGAAAUUGUCAGAGGAAAGUCUGCCAUCUAGUGGAUGCAGAUGAUGGCAAAUCCUGUCCUUUGUGAAAUUUGAACAAGAGGGAGAGGAUGAAUCAGAAGACAGUCUCUCACUUUGUAGAAGUCAUAUUGCCUGAGAACAGUGAUGCGUCCCUGCUGCUCUGCUCUGUUCUCACGGCAUCUUGUUUUUCUCAGGUUUCACUUUAUCUAUUCAAGCCCAAUAUUUAAUUGUAGAAUAAGAGCAACAAUUGAUCCAAAUGCCCUGAGGAUCUUUUGGUGGCUGCAUUUUGGGAGAUUUUUUUUUUUUUUUAUCAUGCCAUAUAUGAGUUGUGUGGAUAAAGAAAAAAGAAAUUGCACUUAUUUUUUUUUUAUUGUUGUUUUUCUGUUUUAUUGAAGAACCAAGAGGCAUUCAGAUACUCGUUACUCCUCGCUGCCUCUCAAUUGUCUAAUCAUCUGGCUUUCAGUUAUCCUUGAUUUUUUUUGUUUGUGAACAUUCAAGAGCAUAACACACCGUUAAAGAUGGCGAAGAUGAAACACAUAUCAGGUUCAAUAGCAGAACAAUCUGAGGCGGUUUCUUAUGUUCUUGCUUCUAUCUCAUAAACAGGAUCUGACUGUUUUACUCAGUCUGAAGAGCGUCAACUGACUACCUGCAGGGAAUCUUUCUACCAGAAACAAAUUUAUU